AUGGAAGCAAAGGGAAAAGAUUUGAAGGUCCCAUUGCAGUGGGAUUUGAAGAUUAAAAAUUUCAAAAAGAUAGUUAACGGAGAUGAGAUUGGACUUAUGGAGGCUGUUAAGAAUCAACCAGUGAGUGCGGCAAUUUAUAUCACCGAUGAAUUAAAGGAAUACAAAGAGGGCAUAUAUGAAGGACCACCAUGUGAUUCAAAGGUAGAAAGGAAAGGUACCUAUGCCAUCCUUGUAGUGGGUUACGGAAGUGAUGAAGAGACUAAGAAAAAUUUCUGGUGGAUCAUGAACUCAUGGGGCGUCAGUUGGGGAAUCAAUGGAUUUGCAAAAGUUGUUCGGAACUCUAGCCUUCCAAAAGGCAGUGCACUUGUUCUAUUUAGAGCAUCAUACCCUAUUCUGUUUUGA